AUAUUAGAUAAAUAAACUAAUCAAACAACUAAACGAAGAACUGUGGCUUAGUGGCCACCCCUCUAUAUUCAGCUUUUAGAAAAGCCCAUAAUGUCGUCUCGCAGUUGGGUAGAAAGCCUUGGUUGAAAGUCACUAUUGUAAUGGUGUUAUUAAAUCAAAUUAUAUAUUUUACCAUAACUUGUAGGCAUGUUGCUCAAUGAAAUGAAAUGCUUGCUAAUUAAAUAGUUUGUGAAAGCUAACAAUAAACAGGACUGGAGGAUACUGGUUUAAACUGUUUGUUCUUAAGUCUUUACUUCCUUUGACUGGUCUGAAUCUUCCUGCCAGUAUGAGUCGUCAGUGUAAGAACUGUGGUGGAGCAGACAUCGACACAGACCCAGCCCGGGGUAGUGCAGUCUGCACAGCCUGUGGUUCGGUUCUGGAGGAUAAUAUCAUCGUAUCUGAGAUUCAGUUUGUGGAAAACAGCGGAGGGGUGUCUUCAGCGGUCGGCCAGUUUGUAUCCGCAGAUGGUACUUCCAAAGCUCCGGUCCUGGGCAGUGGGUUCCACACAAGUCUGGGAAAAGAAUCACGAGCUCAGACGCUCCAGAACGGGAAACGGCAGAUACACAACCUCGGCAGCCAGCUGCAGCUGAACCAGCACUGCCUAGAUACGGCCUUUAAUUUCUUCAAGAUGGUGGUGAGCAAGCACUUGACACGAGGGCGAAAGAUGACACACGUCAUAGCCGCCUGCCUCUACCUGGUCUGCAGGACAGAGGGAACUCCACACAUGCUCCUGGACCUGAGUGAUCUUUUACAGGUUAAUGUUUACAUUCUGGGAAAGACCUUCCUCCUGUUGGCUAGAGAGCUCUGUAUCAACGCCCCAGCCGUCGAUCCGUGUCUGUACAUUCCACGAUUCGCCCACAUGUUGGAGUUUGGUGAAAAGACUCAUGAGGUUUCGAUGACUGCUCUCAGACUGCUGCAGAGGAUGAAAAGAGACUGGAUGCACACAGGGCGGCGGCCAUCAGGCUUGUGUGGUGCAGCUCUGCUCGUGGCAGCUCGUAUGCAUGAAUUCCGUCGUACUGUGAAGGAGGUGAUAUCUGUCGUCAAGGUGUGCGAGGCCACGCUGAGAAAAAGACUGACAGAGUUUGAGGAGACCCCCACCAGUUCCCUGACCAUUGAUGAGUUUAUGCGAGUGGACCUUGAGCAAGAAUGUGAUCCUCCAUCUUUUGUUGCUGGAAAGAAAAAACUCAAGAUGCAGCAGCUGGAGCAGGAGUUGGUCAAGAAACUUGAGGAAUAUCAAGGUGAGAUCAACUCAUACCGCGAUGAGAUUGAGACACAGCUGGCAGGGAGCAGCAGAACCAAACUGAGAGGGAUUUAUUCCUCCUACGCAAGAGAAGAUGAUGACUGUGUGUCCUUGGCCUCUGGGGUGACUGGGGACGAAGAUCCAGAGGAUGAGGAAAUGGAGGCAGCAGCCCAACAUCUCAACCAGGAGUUCUUCAGUCAGGUGCUAGAGCAGGGAGACCAGGGAGGGAUGGAGGAUCAGGAGGGGAGUAAGGAUACGGUACCUCUCUCUAGUCAGUCCACACAUGUGCCCCUGACAGCCCUCCUCGGCCCUCUUCCCAGUGCAGCCAGCCUUGGUCUAACAGACUCCAUUCGGGAAUGCAUCGCAGAGGAGACUACAAACAUGGAAGAUAAAUCAGAUAAUGGGGAACUAGAUCUAGAUGGGAUUGAUGAAGAUGAAAUUGAAAAGGUAUUACAUUUGAAUGAGAUAGAGGUGGAGGCAAAGACAGAGCUGUGGAUGAAGCAAAAUGAGGAGUAUUUGAGGGAACAGAAAGAAAAAGAAGAAAGAAUAGCUAAAGAGAAGGAACAGGGGACCUAUAAGGAGAAGCCAAAGAAGCCGUCCAAGAAGCGAGAACCAAUCCUGGCCAGCACUGCGGGAGAGGCCAUAGAGAAGAUGCUGGAGCAGAAAAAGAUCUCCAGUAAGAUCAAUUACGAUGUUUUGUGGGACCUCAACAGCAAGGGCAGCGGGAGCAGCACCACCCAACAAGCCGAAGACGUGCCUGCCGGUGGCUCUGGACGCAAGAAGUUGACCCGCCGCAAGAAGCAGCCAAACAAGAGCAAUCUUGGGCUCGCUAAACCAGCAAGCCUCAUGGGCAAGAGGCUCCGCCCUUUGAUAUCAUCCACUCCCAAGAAGAAGAGGACAACAGCCACACCGGUCACUCCCAGCAUCACCACAAUGUUGCCUCCUGCAGCCCGACCCCCCCCGGCCCCCACCCCUCCCCCCGUGUUGGAAAUUGGGCCUGUGGCAUAUGAGGAACCCGCUGAGGAAGAAGAGGAAAUUGAAGAAGAGGUGGAAGAGUCUUGCGUUAGCGCCAUGGAGCUGAUAGGUGGAAAUGAUUACGGAUGUGAAGCUGAAGAAGAGGAGAUUUUUUAGACUGAACUUGUCUGCCCACCAAACUUGUCCUCAUGUCCUCUUCCAUUACCCUGUAUAGUGAGGAGAAGAGCGUUUAAGGCACAUUUGAGACACCUAUAAUAUGCUGCACAUUUACAAGGUCAUUCUCUCUCACUGUGCAGUUGGCUGGCAGCUUUUGACUGAAGAACAAUCAGUGCAUAAAACCAUUUUAGCACUUUUUAGCACCAUUUUAGCCAAUGUUCCACUAGAAAUUUAACAGACAGAAAGCACUGAAGUAGUUUCCUGAGGAUCUCAGAGAAGAUGUUUCGCAGAUGCAGUAGGAUUUGAACGUGAAGAUACUGAAGCUUUAUAAUAAUGUUGAAUGCAUUGUGGGACAAUGUACUAGCGAUUUGUUGUACAUUUACACUUUUACCACAUUUAUUGUACAUACAUAGUAAGAAGCUGUAAAAUUAUGUCACAGUGUUUAACUUUUUAUUUUUUAGCUAUUUAAUGCUACAUGUCUGUAUAUAUGUAUAUGUAACAGUAUUUUGUUAGAUGCACUGUUAUAUUUGCUAAUUCCUUGAAAAGUAAAUGUUCCUCUCUGUUUGGUUAUGAUAAAUAUCAAUGUGUAAUAUACUGCAGUGUUUUGUACAGAAAUGUUAUGAACCUCGUUUUUAUCUGUUUUCAUUGAAUAUUAUCGUCAGAUGUAGAUUUCAGAGUACAGAUCUGGGAUUUGAAACUAGUGAGUAGAACAAUACAAUGCAUGUGAUUAAAUUCACAUUGUUCAGGA